AUGAGCAAAGGGAAGAUUUCUUUACCAGGUGGAUCACUUGGAGUGCUGGAAAAAGGAGCAAAUAAGGAUGGAUACCAUCGUAAUGAGCAAGGCCUGGGAUGGGUAGUGACAGGCCUUUUUGUGGUUGGUGAUCUGGCCGGAGGCGGAAUUGUUGCCAUGCCUACAGCUACCGCUCAAACAAACUUCUGGCCUGGACUAACACUGAACUUUGUGAUUGCAAUAGCGAUGACAUACACGGCAUAUAUGUUGGGAGUUAGCUGGGUAAUUUUGCAACGAAGAUGGCCGGAAUAUCGCGAACAUUGUCGGAAACCGUAUCCGGAAAUGGGUGGUCGUGCUUUGGGUCCUACAGCCAAGUAA